AUGGGCUACAAGGUCGGCAUUCUGGCGAGAGGGAACGACAACGUCCAACUCGAGCUUGCCAACAUGGUGUCGAACCCGGCUAGCGCGGGGUGGUGUUACGACCCCACGUACGGCGGAGGCGAUGGCACGUGGACCACCCGGACGUCCGUCAAGUUCUUCGUGGACAUGGUGGAGGGCCACGAUGUCGACCUACUCGUGCGCAUCACCACGUCCUUCCCGAAUCCAGCUGGGGGACCCGCGUACGGCCACCUCGUCGCCCUUGGACCCGAUGGAUUCGUGCUCUGCACAUGCCUGCGGUUUUUGGUCGACGGUCUCUGCUGCCGACAUGCCUUCCUGGCCAUGCGCGAGAUGGACUUCGGCUUCAACCCAGGGUGCAUUGCACCCCGCUGGCGCGACGAGGAAAUGUCGUGGACGCUGGCACCCCUCGCCGCUAAGCGUGCGGUGCCGUCGAACACAAGUGCGGGGCUUCCCGGAGCGCUGCCGCAGGCUCCUGCCGAUCCAGGCGUUUUCUCCCACUCCAAACCCACGGCGAGAGCAAGCAACUGGUCCAGCUGCCUCGCCUUCGGGAAGGAGGUCGCAUCUCUCAUGACAGCGUUCGACUCCGUCGCCCCCUGCCAACGCGUCCUAGGCAACCUGAUGAACCACGCAAAGCAGCUCAUCGAUGUGGAGGUGGCGUCGCAGCAUGAGACCUCCACGAGCCGGAUUUUCAAGGGAGUCGUUGCCCGGCCUACGACCACCACCGACCCGCCAGAGGAAGAUGACGCCCGGACCGCGCCGGGCAGCGGUCGCACGCGAGGAAGCGGCCGAGGGGGAGGCGGGCGGGGGGCGAGGGCACGUGACGGGAUCGGUUCAACAGGAAGAGGGGGGGUGGGAGGGGCGCUCCCUGGUGGUUCCGCGGUGGGCAUGCCGAGCCUUGAAGUGGUCGUUCCGGCCUACCAACAGGCGGCCGACGCCGGCACCACCAGCCGGGGUGGGGAGGGGGGAGGGCCGGGCCCUCGUGUUUCCGCGGCGGGCAUGUCGAGCCUUGCCGUAGGCGUUCCUGCCUUCCAACCGGCGGCUGGCACCGGCGCCACCAGUGGAGGAGGGGACGGGGGAGGGCCGGGCCUUGGUCUUUCGGCGGCGAGCAUGCUAAGCCCUGGAGUGGAUCUUUCGGCCCGCCGGGCCGGCGGGACUGGCACUGCUGUGGGUAUCGGCCCCGCAAUCACGAACGGGACACCCCCGAUGGGGGGCUUGGGCGCACCGCUUCGCUCCCUGAGCAACGCACCUCGAGGCGGGGUGGGGCAGGUUUCCCUCAGUCUCGCGCCCACGGCUUUUGCCGCGACAAACUCCUGUGCGCCGGAGGGCUUCCAGGAAUCAAGAUUGAAUGGACCAAGACUUNUUGAAUGGCGAAAGACUUCGGGCCGGCGAAUACCACGGGCAGCCUCCGCCUUCGACGGACCAAGAUGUGGCAUUUUUGGACCACGUGCAAUCGCCCCCGAAAAAGAGGCAGGCAGGACAGACCAAGAAGCGCACUUCGACGGCUAAGAGAGACACCCGUGGUGGCGGGCAGAAUGCAAUUCAGGGAGGUGCCGGAGGAGCCUGGGGGAGCUAGAGUUGUGUUGGCCUUAUUGUCUGCGUGUAUUAUUUUUUGCUGUGCUGGCGUCGAGAAGUGUGCAGGCUUAGUGAACAGAUGUUCUGGGAAAUGGCUUAGGGUUAGGGUGAGGGUGAGAGCGAAUUCAGCUCGGAGUCUUGCGGGGCGGCAUGGGGGGAGAGUGGGCGUGGGAGUAUACUUGAGUUGCCGCGCUGCAGUGCCUUUUCUGGACGAGGCUAAUAUUGUUCGUGAGCGCGAGCUGAAUUAUGUUUGGAGCCGUUCUUGGUGCGGCUUUGUCGACAACAAACAGCAACGGGGUCGCAGCGAAUGACGACGUCCUUCUGCGGCCGUGUUUUUUUAGGUUUCAUCCCUGCGUUUCUUUUACAAUGGUAGAUUCUACAGGUAGUCUAUGCCCGGAGAACAUUUUGCUGUGCAGAGUACUGUAUGCGGAUCAAACAAACGCACUAUCUACCAACGACGGCCAACCAACAAGCGGGAAAUGCUUUAGAAUACUUGCAAGGAUACUUGCAAAGACAAGGACACCGGACAGCAGUAGCAGUACAUGAUAUUU